AUGGCGGGGGCCAACACGUACCUCACACCACCUGGGACACAGGGCUUUGCCCCCCACUACGAUGACAUCGAGGCCUUCGUGCUGCAGCUGGAGGGGAAGAAGCACUGGCGCGUCUACAGCCCCCGCACGGAUGCCGAGGUGCUGCCCCGUUUCUCCAGUGCAAACCUCACGCAGGCGGAGCUCGGCGAGCCCGUGCUGGAGACGGUGCUGGAGGCCGGGGACCUGCUGUACUUCCCCCGCGGCUUUAUCCACCAGGGCGACUGUCUGCCUGACGCGCACUCACUCCACAUCACGGUGUCUUCCUACCAGAGGAACUCCUGGGGGGACCUCCUGGAGAAGCUCCUCCCGGCUGCGCUGCAGAUGGCCCUGGAGGAGGAUGUGGAGUUUCGGCAAGGGCUUCCCAUGGACUACCUGAGGUACAUGGGGGUCUCCAACUCAGACGCAGUGAACGCUCGCCGAACGGCCUUUAUGGAGAAGGUGCAGAGCCUGAUAAAGAAACUCGUUGACUAUGCACCCAUUGAUGCCGCUGUGGAUCAGAGAGCCAAGUCGUUUCUUCAUGACUGUCUCCCCCCAGUGCUUACGCAAAGUGAAAAGGCGCAGAGUGUGUACGGCUUCCCAGCCCGGUGGCAAGAUGGAAGGCCCCGCAAUGUCGACAUACUGAUAACAAAAGACACAGAAGUACGUCUCCUCCGCCAUGGCAUCAUUAGAUUGUGUAAUGAAGAAGAAGGUAUGAUGCUGUAUUACACAACAGAAAAUUCAAGAGUGUACCACCAGGAAGAACCUAAGUUUCUUGAGAUAGAUCCCGAGCAUACAGACAGUAUCGAAUUUCUCCUGUCUUCCUAUCCAAACCACGUCAGUGUGGAUGCCCUUCCAUGCGAAACCUUGGAGGACAAGAUUUCUCUAGCCACACUCCUGUUUGAGAAGGGCAUUCUGACUACAAAGAAGCCUCUGAUGCAAGUGUAACUCUUAUUUUUUUAACAAAAUAAACAUACGUUUGUUUAGAAA